UAAAUAUUUUCACAUUUCUGUAAGAACUCUCCAAAUCUCAACACCAAAAAUUUUCCGAAUUCCCACGCUCCCCAAAAUAUACUCCCCCAGAUUCCCCCAAACCCUAGAAUUCGACUGAAUAUGGGGAUGAAAAAGGGCAGGAUCCUCUCGAUUCCAGUUCUCGCGGUGAUCUCUCUAGUUGGCUACGUCUACUACACGACUGUGUUCGUGCUCUUGGAUCAAUGGCUGGGUCUCAAUUCCUCGCCCGGAUUCCUCAACGCUGUCAUCUUCAGCUUCUUCGCUUUCAUGGGUUUGGUUUCUUUCUUCGUUUCGGUGCUCACGGAUCCAGGUGGGGUCCCCUCGUCUUUUGCUCCGGAUUCUGAAGAUCCCCAAAAACAUCAAGGUGUGAAAUCAAGAUAUUGUGAUAAGUGCAACACUUAUAAGCCUCCUCGAACGCACCACUGCCGGGUUUGCAAAAGAUGUGUGCUAAAAAUGGACCAUCAUUGUGUUUGGAUAAACAAUUGUGUGGGUUAUAUGAACUAUAAGCCCUUCAUAAUUUUCAUUCUGCACGUAGCCAUCGGAUCCAUCUAUUCUCUGGUGAUAUUUACGAGUUUUAUCAUUCAGAAAGAUCAAGACCUCAGCAUACGAUAUCCUAAACUCUUUUAUGUCAUAUGCGGUUUAAUCAUUGUUAUUGUAAGCUUGAGCACAACCACUCUAUUGGGUUGGCACAUCUACCUCCUAACUCAUAAUAUGUCAACCAUAGAGUACCGGGAGGCAGUAAGAGCAAUGUGGCUGGCUAGAAAAUGUGGCCAGAAGUACCGCCAUCCUUAUGACCUUGGUGUAUAUAAUAAUCUUCUUUUGAUUCUAGGUCCGAACAUUUUGAAGUGGUUUUAUCCCUUGGCACUGGACCAUCUCAGUGAUGGCACACAGUUUCAAAUAGCCAAAUGACCGAUUUUAUUCUUCUUCCUUCUGCACACUUUGGUGGUGUUUUAAGGUUGCAUUCCUUUUACCAGAUGCUAGUCAAGUAUCAGAAAGAGGAGAUUUAUUCAUUGAAAGAGGAUUCACUACGCAACUAGCUCUGGCGGUUACGGCAGUAGUGUUUCUAUUCCUGAUUCACACAUUCUUUGAUUGAAGCUAAAGAUGAAAAGGAAAAGCACAUGUUUUCGCAAUUUUAUUGUUCGGCAGUCUACCUGGUAAUGUGAUUGUUCUUGGCCUUGGUUUGUGGUGGUGGUGUAUCAUAAGACUGUAAGCAAUAGUGUCCUCCAUUGCACCCACAUAUGUAUAUUGACAGCGAGGCGUAUGUGUUGAGAAACUACUCAUGAUGCAAUUUCAAGACUAAUAAUGGUUAAUGUUUCCUAAUAUUUCACUCUUUCUUAUUGGCCCCUAAUGAUAUAAGUAUCUUGUUGGCGCCGUU